UUACCUACCAAUGUACAUAUAUAAGGAAAAAUUUGUGUCAGUGUAUAAGUCAUUCUUCCAACUAGACCUUGAAAUAUAUAACGUAAUCAUGUUAAAACAAUUGUUCUUACUUUUUGUAAUACUUCAGUGCUUAAAUUUUAUUGGUGAAACAUCUGCAGAAAACGAGAUAUGCACACUACCAUUAGAAACUGGACCAUGUAGGGCGUCUAUAAAAGUGUACGGAUACGAUCCAGCAUCAGGCAGAUGUAAGCAGUUUACCUACGGCGGUUGCCAAGGAAACGCCAAUAAUUUCCCCACGAAAUCUGACUGCGAAGCUGCUUGCCCUUAAUAAUACAUAUAAUAAAAGUUUUCUUCUUCUUAAAUAAAAGAGCUUACUCUUUUAGGUGGAGUUUGGAGUGUACCCUAUUCAUCACGUUUCCUUGCGAUUAUAUUUAUUUGUUUGUAAUAUGA